UGUGCUGAUUCCAGUGCUGUACCGUGACCGCAGCUCUAACGGCAGGUCACUUUCUUCUUGGUUUUCGGUGUCAACAUGGCUACGAGGUGGGGGAUCUGCAGCGCUGGGAAAAUCAGCCAUGACUUUGUGGUGGCUUUGAAAACGCUUCCCCGCGAGGAGCACCAGGUGGUAGCAGUGGCAGCCCGUGAAUUGGGGUGGGCUCAGGACUUUGCAAACAGGCACGACAUCCCCCGAGCGUACGGGUCUUACCAGGAGCUGGCCCAGGACAAGGACAUUGACGUGGUGUACCUGGGAACGAUUCACCCGCAACACCAUCCUGUGGGUCUGCUGUUUCUGCGGGCCAAGAAAAACCUCUUGUGUGAGAAGCCGCUUGCAAUGAACAUGAGGGAGGUUCUGGAGCUCACCGCUGCAGCCAGGGAGAAUGAUGUGUUUUUAAUGGAGGCCUUGUGGACUCGCUACUUCCCUGCUUCUAUUCAGAUCAGUGAUGUGCUGGCCCAGGGUGUUCUGGGGGAGGUGAAGCUGGUGAGGGUGGAGUUUGGGAUGCCUAUGCUUGACGUGUCCCGCGCUGUGAAGAAGGAGCUGGGGGGUGGAGCACUGCUGGAUAUCGGGGUCUACUGCCUGCAGUUUGCUUGCAUGGUGUUCAAUGGAGAGAGACCCGAGUCCAUCCUGGCUUCUGGCUGCCUGCUGGAUACAGGGGUGGAUGAGGCUAUGACUGUGGUUCUCAGGUUCUCCAGUAACAGGAUGGCUGUCUGUAUCUGUACCAUUUCCGUUCAGCUGCCAAAUGAAGCAUUCAUCUUCGGCACAAAGGGAACUAUAAAGAUCCCAGCUCCCAUGUGGUCCCCCACCUCUUUGAUAGUGAAUGGGAAUGAAACGCAGUUCCCACUGCCUGAACCUUCCCAGCCUCUCAACUUCCCCAACAGUACAGGGCUGCGCUAUGAGGCUCAAGAGGUUCGGAGGUGUUUACUUGCAGGUCUCAAGCAGAGUCCCAGAAUGACGCUGGAGGACACAGCUCUGUUAACCAGUAUUUGUGACGAAGCUCGCAGACAGGUGGGAGUGGUGUACUGCCAGGAUGCAGAAUAGAGUGUGGGAGGAGGCUCACUACUCAACUACACCAUUCUAUUGCUGAUUGUAUAGUGAACUGUUCAGUGCUGCUUUUUAUUUCCACUAAUACACUGAAGCAUUCUCUAAUCCAAUAUUUUCUAAUCUGUGUUGUCUUUUGUUAUUAUUAUUAUUAUUUAUUUCUUAGCAAACGCCCUUAUCCAGGGCAACUUACAAUUGUUACAAGAUAUCACAUUAUACAUUAUUUCACAUUAUACAGAUACCACAUUAUUUUACAUACAAUUACCCAUUUAUACAGUUGGGUUUUUACUGGAGCAAUCUAGGUAAAGUACCUUGCUCAAGGGUACAACAGCAGUGUCCCCCACUGGGGAUUGAACCCACAACCCUCCGGUCAAGAGUCCAGAGCCCUAACCACUACUCCAUACUGCUACCCUUGUUGUUGUAUUUUACCUUUUAAACAUUUCUAAUGUCUCCCAAAAGUACCACUGAAGAGAGACCUCUACAUGCCUUCUGCUGCUGAAGAUAAAAGAAAAAGUUUGUUUACAUAUAGAGGUUCUGAAUUCCCAUUUGGUUUAGGCUGCCUGGCUACUUUUCUAGGACCUGUCUCCCUGAUUGGGUUUGGCAUUGCCCUGGUGCACAACAUGUUCUCCUGGUAACCCUGGUGUGGGGCAUGUUCUCCUGGUAUACCCUGGUGUGGGGCAUGUUCUCCUGGUAAACCCUGAUGCAUAGCAUGUUCUCCUGGUAAACCCUGGUGUGGGGCAUGUUCUCCUGGUAAACCCUGGUGUGGGGCAUGUUCUCCUGGUAAACCCUGCUGUGGGGCAUGUUCUCCUGGUAAACCCUGGUGUGGGGCAUGUACUCCUGGUAAACCCUGGAUCUCUUGAUUACUCUGGAAGGCAGAAUGAAUAGUUUACUCAGCAAUGCUGCACCCUUAAGGUGUUGGAACAAACAUGGGCAGCAAUACACUGACAUGCUCAUUAAACUGUUUAUUAGGCACACAGCAGGGAACUCGAAUUAAAGGACUGUAGUUACAGACAAAGCUGUAUUUGUUCUUGCAGGAUAUGUCACUCCAGCAUGUAGCUCAGUCCACAACAAAAUAAGAAACAAACAUGCUUUAAACUUCAGGAUGUGACUGAAUUUAUAUACAAAGUGAAUCUCAGCAAAGAGAAGAAUACACAAGUUAAGAGAACAGUGAUACCGAGUUACUUUCACUGAUAUUACUUUACUUGAUUAUUGUUUUGUAAAAAUAAUUUGAAAAUAGUGGAGUUUACAGCUUGAGUAUAUAAGCCUUUUUGGUUUGCAAUGCUCAGGUGUACAAGUGAUGCAGGUGCUCCAACAACGACAGACACAAAGUUCACGGUUCAAAACAGUUCUUUAUUUCUCUGUUUCCUGGUUUGCAACCGGUUAAAUAACAAGGCUGGCUCUACACAACGAUGUGUAUUGCCAGCUUAUAAACCACGGGGUUCAUGCCCGAAAUAAUAAAACAAAGAAUAACACACAACACAGACACGGUCAUUUCUCUUGACAAUGUGUGCUCUGAGUGCAGGUGCGGUGCAAGGUAAUUACAGUGACAGUCGUGCAGUGUAGUCUGGGCUUGAUGCUGUCUAACAGUGACAAACACAGACAGUUAGUUUCCACAAACAAACAAAACACUUAACACUCACGAUGUACUUUACACAGCCUGUUUCCUUUCUCUGUCAAUAACCACAUCAAAGGAACAGAUUACAUCGUCACAUCCCCAAUUAUACCCUUAGUCACGCCCCCCGUGAUAGCUAGUUCAGUCACAUCUCCAAUCCAUGACUGACACAUCGCGUACCGCUUUAGGGCGAUGACUUCGGGCAUUGUGACUCCGCCCCCUUCCUGGAUGGCUGGCUUCUGACUCACCCUGGAAUGAACUGUCAAACCAUCCUGUACGAGGCACUCUGUUCCUGUUAGACAGCGCCCUCACAGACUGGGAGGGAGAUUAUUGACUAGGAUUCAUUUGCUCUCUGUCACACCCUUACACAUGACAGAUAACUUUGUAUACCUAUACAAGAAGACACAGAACUCAGGAAGGCAGACAGACAGAUACAUAGACAAAAGAAAGGAUGAUAAAAGGAGUUAAGCCAUACCACAGUAGUUCAUAAUCACGCAGUGCUCUCCUCAAAAAAGGUUGUUUGGCUCCCCAGAAUUCCACCGGUUGAAAUCCAGCCUGAACCAUCUGUCCAGAUCAAUAUAUUCUCCUGCAGACGGAGACAGGGAGACCUUUGUGACAGACAGCCUGAAUGUGCCAUUUCUACUCGACAGGGUCACAGCCACUAUUAGAACUCUCUACCUAUCUUUUAGUAUUAGUAGCUUUUGAUAUGGAUUUUGUUAUAUGGUUUACCGUCAGGAGUUUGAGGAGGAUUUGAUAUAGAUUUACCGUCAGGAGUUUGAGGAGGAUUUGAUUGUGCAACAGCUAGAGAGCUGAGAAUGUCUCUUCAGCCAAAGAAGCAGGCGCGGUAAUUUAAUGUUACCAUAAUGAAAAACCAUGAAAGCUCAUUAGCGCCACUAAGUAAAAUAUAUUUCUUGCGUUAUUACGAGAUAAUAUUACUGCGUAGUAAAUAGAUAGUUUAGGUCAUUCACACCACUCAUCACUAUUCCCCUUCAGUCUCUUCAUUUUGCUUUAAAAUGGGUUGUACUGUAUGGUUGUAUUUAAUGAUAAACUAAUACACAGUAUUUAUUAUGUAGGUAAGACACUCUGGCACUUAUGUGUAGAACUUGAUGUCUCCUUUAUCGUGCCAGUAAUAGUGUUUACCAUGACAGUAUUUCAUUGGGUGAUAUAUAAAUACUAUUUACUGUCAAAAAACAUCAUUCAUCACGACGUUAGAUUAACGUGCCCUUGGAGGCCAUAUUAUUCGUCUGAUUCAUAAAGCUGAAUGGUGCUGUUAAUUGACCCUCACCGGCAUCAUUACCACAUGCCCCAGACCAGGUGAAGAAUACAGCAUGAUUCAGGUGUCCUCAGAGUUGGUCAAAAGCGGAGGAUGUCUAGUAACCUCUCAGAGUGGGCUAGUUUUCAUCAAGGAAAGUCGGUACAUUCAAAAUGAAAUGCCAUGUUGUAGCCAGAGAGGGAGCUUUUGUGCAUGCGUUCAGCUAUUUCAGCGUUCAGCUAUUUUAUUAAAUAAACAAAACAAACGAUUUGAACAAACAAGACAAACAAAAAGGGCACGUUGGCCAAACAAAUAAACAAAUAAUUAUCGUGCUGGUGUAAACCAGCACGCUUAGCAGUUAUUUAUAAGUUUCAUUUUCUCUCUCUCCUCGCUCUCUCCGCUCUCACUCCUAACACACUCUCCCCUGAGGGUAGAGAGCUGCAGGUUUAUAUACAGUGACCAUCUCCCGAUUAGCAACAAUUAAUCAAUGAAUUAACUCGGGAGAUGGUCACCGUCUGCACGAGUUUAAUAAGGAUGUGUGACUGUCAGCUAGCUAAAUAAAUCACUAGCUGAUCAGUCACGCAUCCUCACAAGGUUUUUAAAAUAUAAAAACAAUAACAAAUACGUGGCGCUUUUAUCUGCACCGCAAACAAUAAUACAAAUAAUAAAAACACAGUGCACAUAUAAAUAUAGGGACGGGACACUCCGCCACCUGGCCCUAUAAUCUCUCAUUUAAUUAUGAUUUGGCGCUUAGUGGAAAAGCAUACAACACUUCAAAUAAAAUGGUAUUCUCAGUCACCUAUUUUUCAUAAUUUUGCGCUCCUGUCAGGCGGUCGUCCCUUCUCAUUUCCUCAGUGGAGAGAUAAGGGAAUACAUACUCUUGUGGAUAUUUGUAGAGAUAAAUGCCUUCGCACAUCCGUCUUCGCUCUGCAGUGCGUGCCUAUGGGGUACCCUGGGGGACAGAAUUGCCAUCACAUGCACUGCAUGAGACACAAGGGGCAAAACUAAAGGGUUGGUUUCCACACUUUAUAUUCAUCUGCUGAAGUCCUCAUAUAAACCUUUGGUGUCCAAUACUGUUUGGAACAGGGAUUUAUCUUCUGAAAAUGAAGGAAUUUGUUGGGAAACUGUUUGGGAUAAUUUAAACUCUGCCAAAUCCAAAUCAUCAGCUGAUUCAUUACAAUUUUCUGCAUAGAACAUAUUUCACUCCUCAUAGACGUCAUCAAAUGGAUGCACGUUCUGUCCUCGGGGCACCAUGGGUUUCUCUUUACAUGUGGUCUGGGAGUGUCCGGAUGUGGGCUUGUUCUGGGAUGGGGUUUCUUCAGCUUUGUCCACCAUUUUUUAAAAGAAUAUUCCUUGUUCUGCUAAGGUGUUACUGAUGAAUGAUGAUUCAUCCCUUGACCUGUCAUUGCAGCAAAAGUGCAUUUGAUUAAAAAGAGUGGGGGGCUGUACGUUACCGUUACUGCCGCUAAUGAGAAAUUAUGGUAACUAAAUUAUUCUUCUGUGCGAGGUCUGUUUAUGUCAUAAUAUUAUAAAAAAGCAGAAAAUGUUUAAUAAAAAUGAUUGCAGUUAAAACAUGAUGUAUACUAUACUAUUAUUGAUAUAGAUCUUGUUUUUAUUAAUGUGUAUCUGUAAUAAAACAAAAUAAAAUGAAAUUUGUGAAAAAUGAAAUUAACAAUUAUAAAAAAAUAAAAAUAAUUUCACAGGGCUCUAGUUCUGCCUAAUCGUUGUGUUUUACUGUAGAAUCUCAGGACAGAUCGUACCAAAUUUUAUAUUAUAUUAUGGUUUAUUUUGAAGGCUGGUAUUGCUUUGAGGCGAAUACCCUGGAAAUGCUAUAUCAAUUCUAACAUAACACUGGAAUGGUCGAUUUGCACAGAAGUAAAAAGACAGGAUGCCUGAGUUUGAAAUUUGACAGAAGGUCCCAAUGUUCUGUUAAAAAAACCUGAGGACCUCUGAGAAAAUGAUCUGGGAUAAAAAUAACUACAUUUCACCUGUUUAGUGGGCUUCAGAUGUAUUUUAUCGGUCUGCUUUCCUAGCAUAAUUUCUGUGUUUAGGAACAUGUGUUUAAGCCAAUAUUAAUAAUAAAAAUGUCUGUGUUUAAUUAACCAAUAAUUAGGUAAUUGAAGUAUUUUGUUAUUUGUAAUGCAUGCAUGGUUAACUCGUCUGAAUAGGAGAGGCUACUUACUGGUUGGAAAACAUAUAAAUCAGGUUUGUAGCCUAUUCAUUGCUUUAAGUGGAGAAAAUGGCACAGUUUGGUGUGCUUGUUUGGGUUGUACAUCAAGAGCAGGGAUAUAUCUUGGAAGAUGAUCCUCUCAGAAGAGUGAGAACCCAGAUUUGAGCUGCGACUUGACCCUCUGGACUACUCUGAUGCUGUGAAUCGUAGCAGGUACUGUAUCAGCCAGUGUUGCCAGAUCUGAAAAAUGAAAAUAUCGUAUUGGAGCCUCAAAAUUAUUGUAUUUCACGAAAAAUCAUCGAACAUUCCAAAAAUUAAAGAACACUUUAAUGAAUUGAUGUAAACAGAUUUUUGGCCUUUUAAUAUAUGAUCAUAUUGCUAUAAAUAGAUGUUAACCACUGAAUUCCAUUUAUUCAUUUGAUCACAUCGUAUUCAUUCUUCUUGCUUUGAGUAAAUGUAUAUUUUUUUUAUUACAGGAUGCCUCACUCUGGCACUUCUUGCUGAAGGAUUGCCGUGUUCCACCAGAUCUGCUAUUUUCGGAACUGCUGAUGACGUAAAAUGUCACUUGCAUCAUUUACAUACAGGUUUCCCGUUUAAAUACAGAACAGUGUUUCUGCCACUUUUUAUGUUAAUUACACCCAUUCCGACUGUCGGAAACCCUCAGAAAAGUGUUUGAUUUUGUGACGUAAAAAACAGUUGGGAUAAGUGUCGGUUUAAAACUGGUGGAGACAGCAAGUUUCGAACUGUCGAGAGACACUUGAUUUUCGGGGCCAUUGACUUUAAAUGUCCACAAAUUUCAAAUUCGUCUUAUUUGGGCAGCUGAUAGGAAAUGUACAAGUCUGAUUUCAAGUUGGUCUUAUUUGAGCAGCUGAUAGGAAAUGUACAAUUGUACAAAAUAUGUACACUUGUUUGUAU